AUGUCCUACUUCUUCUCCACCCCCGUCGACAUCGACAUUGUGCUGGAGGACGGCGACGAGCGGUCAACAGUGGACGUCAAGCUCGAGAAGGCCCGUAAGGAGAAGGUCCCCUUGUACCUCGAUGGCGAGUCUGUUAAGGGCGCCGUCACCAUCAGGCCCAAGGAUGGAAAGCGCCUGGAGCACACGGGGAUCAAGGUGCAGUUCAUAGGAACAAUUGAGAUGUUCUUCGACCGCGGCAACCACUACGAGUUCCUCUCCCUUGGCCAAGAACUGGCAGCGCCCGGCGAUCUCCAGCACCCCCAGACCUUCGAGUUCAACUUCAAGAACGUAGAAAAACAGUACGAGUCCUACAACGGCAUAAAUGUCAAGCUGCGCUACUUCGUCCGUGUGACGGUGUCGCGGCGGAUGCAGGAUGUAGUCCGGGAGAAGGAUCUCUGGGUGUACUCGUACAGGAUCCCCCCGGAAACUAACAGCUCCAUCAAGAUGGACGUCGGUAUUGAGGACUGUCUACACAUUGAGUUCGAAUACUCCAAGUCGAAAUAUCAUCUGAAGGACGUAAUUGUGGGCCGGAUAUAUUUCCUGCUGGUGCGGUUAAAGAUAAAGCACAUGGAGCUGUCCAUUAUCAGACGCGAAACCACGGGUGCUGCGCCGAAUCAGUACAACGAGAGCGAGACUCUGGUCAGAUUUGAGAUCAUGGAUGGCUCCCCCUCAAGAGGAGAAACCAUUCCCAUCCGACUCUUCCUGGGCGGCUUUGAUCUGACGCCAACAUUCCGAGAGGUCAACAAGAAGUAUUCGACGCGGUACUAUUUGAGCCUGGUUCUAAUCGAUGAAGACGCCCGACGCUAUUUCAAGCAAUCUGAAAUUGUCCUCUUCCGGCAAGCGCCGGAAGGGCUGACACUGGCGCAAGAGCAAAACAAGCUGAUGGCGGUAUCGUGA